AUGGCGUCUGCCCCGGUUCGCGAACUGGGUCGCCAGCGACGAGCUCGUUCAACAGUCUUAGGGGUUGAGGUCGUUCUGCAGACUUCAAGCGACUUUUUGAGACAUUCCACAGACUUCCCUGAGCGCAUCUUUGACCUGGCCUUGGUCUACCACGACUUCUACGCUGGCACUUUGCAGACGUCUCACCACGACGGCCCGCUACGGCAUCCGGCCUCGUUGGUGAAGCGGCUGAAGGACUUCGCCGCCAUCGGCGAUGAGGGGGACCCCGAGGGCUAUGCAUACCCCCAAGAUCCAGUGGAUGAGCCUUUGCCUGCUGGAGCCAUUUCUCCCAGCUCUGUCUUAGAGCUGGUGGGUAACUUCUUCUACCACGCCCACGGCCGCGAACAGUGCGCCCCGCAUCACUGUCGGGAGGACGAGGUUCCUGUGCUGCGAUUGGCGAAGGUGGUGCCACUACACAUGCGAAAGGCCUUCUGUAACUACUAUCACUUCACCACGGUGGGCCUGGCACGCGUGGUGGCACUGCUGCCACGGCUCAAGGCGGAUGAAAGCAUCCUGGUGCUGAUCCCCUAUACCAACAAGAAAGGACAACGUUCACCUUACAUACGCGAGAGCCUGCGUUUUCUAGGUGUCGAGGAGCAGCGGAUCGUCAGCUUCCCCCCCCGUGUCGCCUCGUCUUCGCGGAUGAGCUGCUCCUCGCCGGCAGCGGGCCUCGCAGUGCCUUCGGCCGCGAUCGGCAGACACAUGCGCGGGUGGCGUGGCCGGAAGAGUGAGAGGGUGGGCAGGGCUGGGCACACUGAUCCGCUGUAUUACGAGGAGCUGAGGGAUGACCUGCCCAAUGAAACACACAUGAAACCACCAAACACCAAGAGCUUCAUAAGAGACAUGUACUCGUUCAAACAUUUACAACACCAUUCCCUAUAG